CAGUGGACACGGUGUAGUUGAUGGUUUGUCUCCAGUGGACACGGUGUAGUUGAUGGUUUGUCUCCAGUGGACACGGUGUAGUUGAUGGUUUGUCUCCAGUGGACACGGUGUAGUUGAUGGUUUGUCUCCAGUGGACACGGUGUAGUUGAUUGUUUUUUUCCAGUGGACGCUGUGUUUUGUCGACACGUCACCACGGUGCUCCCUCACAGAAAGGAAGUCAGCUUGGACAGACAGGAAGUGACCCGGGCUCUGAACAGGAUGUUCCAUAGCGUGGGACAGGAAGUGCCGGGUCAUGCGACUCUGGAGGAAACGUGCAGCCUGAUGUUCGGGAUCAACGACCGGAGCGGCUCUGGAUUUAUUUCCUCUGCGUCUCUUCAGACGUCUCUGAUCGCACUGUCAGCAGAAACGCUGCACAGGAAGUACACAGCUCUGAUUGGUGUAGCAGUGCAGUGUGGCUCCGCCUCCAUCAGCCGCUCCGGUCUCCGGGCUUUGCUUCAGGAUCUGAGCCAGGUUCCCGCGGCGCUGCAGGAGGACGGAGCGUUCGGGCAAGUGGAGGCGGCGGUGAGCUCUUGCUUUGAAAGGGUGAGAACAGGAAGCAGACAGCUGAUUGGAGGUCGUCAUGGUGACACGGCCAGCGGAGAACACGUGUUGUCAUGGCUACGGGGCGAGCCACCGCUGUUGCUAUGGCUACCCACACUGUACCGCCUGUCCGUCAGUCAGGAUGUCCGUCACGACGUGCGCUGCCACACCUGUAAGACCCGCCCCUUCACCGGCCUCAGGUGAGCCAGUCAGAACAGUUGUUUACUGUG